AUGUCGUCGUCAUCAUCGCCAUCCAACACUACUCUACCAAAUAAAAUACCGAGCGAAACAACUGAACUAUUUGCAGGUUAUUCCGAUGAACUGCUUAACAUAGCCACAAUUGGUUGUAUACUUUUUGUUGUUAUUGGUGUGCCGGGUAAUAUAUUGACCAUAUUUGCCCUAUCACGAGGGAAACAGAAUCGAAAUUCAACAGCAAUGUUCAUAAUAAACCUUUCGGUAUCCGAUUUGCUGUUCGGUUGUUUCAAUUUGCCCUUGGCCGCAUCCACAUUUCUACGACGAGCCUGGAUCCAUGGCGAUCUCUUGUGUCGUCUAUUUCCCUUGUUGCGUUAUGGCCUAUUGGCGGUAUCGCUUUUCACCGUAUCAUUGAUAACUAUUAAUCGUUAUGUAAUUAUAGCACAUCCGCGUCAAUAUACCAGGAUUUAUCAACGCCGCUAUUUGGCCCUAAUGGUUCUGGGUACAUGGCUGCUGAGUUUCACCAUUAUGAUACCCACUUGGCGUGGUAUUUGGGGAAAAUUCGGACUCGAUAUAUCAAUUGGUUCCUGCUCGAUCUUACCUGGUGACAAUGGCCAUACGCCCAAGGAAUUUCUCUUUGUUUUGGCAUUUAUGGUACCGUGUCUUUGCAUUGUUUUCUGUUAUGCACGAAUUUUUUAUUUGGUGCGAAAGGCAGCAAUUCGGACAAGGGAUCCGGCAUCUAAGUCAACCCCCGCAACAAUACGACCCAAUGAUUCAAAGACACAGUUAAAUACUAUUGCGGAAAAACAGAAGGCCAAGGAAAUCGUAGCAAAAACCGAAGAUGUGGCAUUACGUCCAUUUGGUGUCAACGAAGACAUUGAGUACAUCGAUGUGAAUUGCUCACUGGAAAAUCUACCGAUUUCUUAUAAAAACGCCAAUGCGAAAACGUCCAAUGAAACAGAUCCGGCAUCGAGUUGUUCACAGGUAUGUAUAUGUAGAUGUUUUGCAAGUAUGUGUUCGAAAGUGUUAACAAAUAAAAACCCCAUUAAAACCUCCAUAAGGACAUCGUUCACCCGUUUCAGUCCACGUAAAAAUCACUACGUUUCAAUGGUCAAUACAUCGAAUGCCUCGGCCAUCUAUCCCGGACGUAUGAGCCAGAAAGAUCGACGUCUGUUGAAAAUGAUUUUAGUCAUAUUCGUUUCGUUCGUAAUUUGUUAUUUACCAAUAACGUUAACGAAAAUCUGGAAAGGUUUAUCCGAUAAUCAUAUUUUCAAUAUAAGUGGCUAUUUGUUGGUUUAUAUGACGACAUGUAUAAAUCCGAUCAUUUAUGUGAUGAUGUCGUCCGAAUACCGGCAAGCCUAUUGGAAUUUGUUGCGGUGUCGGUGUGAAGGCAAUUCCUUGAAUAAAGAAUUCAAUCGUAAUCCGAAAACGUAA